GUUCGUGGGCUCAUUGCUGUUGGACCGCGUAGCGUUCGAAACGACGUCGAGGCAAUCGUGAACAUGUCCGAGCAGAUGUCCCAAUCUUUCUCCGAGUUCGUCGGAACGUCCGUGGACGAAGACCAGUCCCUGAAGUACUACAAGGACGAGAUGGUCAAAUCUAACACAAUGUUAUACGUGACGCGGAUCAGCUUCGUCAUCUUCGUCGUGUUCGCCAUGUACCUGCUUGGAAUGCUCUUCGUCUACCGGACCUCCGACACGACGCUCCAGCCUGUCCUCAAGAAAAUCAUCUACCAGAACAGUCCUCGGAAGGAAUGUUUGGCUAACCCCCGUGGCAGGCUUCUUGUUGCAUCCCUGCAACCUUCCGAAGCCGCCCCUACUGGGAGCGGAAUCGUUCAGACAUCAACAGAUCUGAUAAGUAAGACAGUCUCAACUGUAGCGGGCGCCGUAGAUGUUACGGCACCUCGCUUGUCCACAGUGGGAUCUCCACGACGUCCUGGAGACAAGGCUACGACUCCUCACCAGAAACGUCUCCCUCCAGAUCACCUUAUCUUUUGCAUCUAUAAUCAUACGACGUAUAAAAGAAAGUUACAGAUCAGGUUGGAGCUGAGAGACAUUCCAGUGGGUCUUUGCACGCAUAUCGUGUACUACGCGGUCGGCAUCGAUAGUUCUUUUUCCAUCAGAGCAACUGAGGAAAUAUUUGAUGUGGAACAAGGCGGACUCGAUACCUUUGUUUCACUGAGAAAUCUUCAUAACAGAGUGAAGUUCCUGUUAUGCGUGGGCGAGACGACAGACGACUGGAGGACGUUCCAGGACAUUGUGAGCGAUACUGGUAUCGUGAGGUCCUUCUCACAGAAUCUUCUGCGUUGGAUUCUGAGGAGGAAAUUUGACGGUAUUAUCAUCAACUGGCGGUAUCUGCACAGAAAUGACAAGUGGAAGUUCAACGGCUUGGUGGAACACUUGAAGAGUGCUUCCCACCGGAGGAAACUCUCCGUUUCCGUUUUGCUCCCGCAUGCAGAAGCUGAACGGAUCUCAUAUGACGUAGCGCAACUGGGAAAGAUUGCCGAUUUUCUGCUGGUUGACAUGUUCAGCGAUCAUAACCAUACACUAUCGAGAGCCGUCUUUCCUGUUAGCAACGAAGAUAUAACGGUGCUCCCCAGGCUACUCAAGAAAGAGUUGGGGAGAAGAAAUUUCUACAAGAUCUGUCCCGUACUUCCACUUCAGGGAUUAACCUUCACCUUACGAAGUAAAGAGCACCACCACAUUGGGGCUUCCGUGAUCGGCCCUGGGAUGCCAGGGAAGUACUCGGGGACUCCAGGAAUGCUCUCCUACAGCGAGAUCUGUCCGGGAAAUUGGUCUUUCGUGAGCUCGGAACGUUUCGCCACCUUUGCGGUGAGGGAGACGCAGUGGGUCGGGUACCACGACGCCAGCAACUUGAGAAAUAUCAUGAUGUAUUUAAGGCGAAGAUACGGGUGCCGUUGCUUCGGACUCCGGGAUAUCGGCCACGAUGAUUUUCGUGGGGUUUGUGGUCCGCCCUUUCCACUUCUGCACAACUGUUACAGAAAUGUGCAGAUGAUAGGGGAUGAUCCCCACGAUUGGAUUGAGUGAAGUAACGGUGGUAGAGGAGAAUAAAUUAUAUAGACGACAA